AUGAAGCAGGACGGAAAGCAGCUGGCCAUUGUUGACGGUUUCACGUUUUACGUGGACGGGAGGACGAAGUCGACCGUGACGUGGCGUUGCACCUCGGGCCACAUAUGUCGGGCGCGGUUCGUCGUCAACGGCGAUUGGCGUGUGAUCAGGUCCCACAUGGUACACGACCAUGCGCCGCCUCGGUACGUCGUGCGAGACGGCAUCUUCUUCAAGGUC